GUUUGGCUACUGCUCAUGUAAUCGAAGUAGAGGCUACUCCUCGUUUUGCUUUUAAAACUAAAUUAAAGACUUAAAAAUGCUACGCCGCCUUACACAAAUCAGCGCCAAGCAACUGGUCCGCACACAGUCCACAUCUACAGCUGGCGCCAAAGAGAAAUGGGACUUGUACGCCGGCGUUCUGGUCGAACGUCUGCCGGUUGUGUCCAAAACACUUAGUCCUCUGGAGCGCCAGUUUCAGGAUAUGUUGUCGCGCGUCGAGUAUGAAAACAGUCUGAAAUCGGAUCACGAGCUUAAGCAUGAGCGGGAUUUGGUGCAAAUGGAGAUGAUUAAGCAGGGCAAGGUGCAGGUGGAUCUGGACGAAAGUGUUGCCAAGCAAACGGCUCAAGAUCUGAAAGAUGCCUACAUUGAGGAACUAAAGAAAUUUGAGGUGGCUCCACGUACCACACCCGACGAUGCCGCCAACAAAACUACCUCUACGGAUCGCUGCUUGGAGGACACUCUGUAUCUGCUGGUGCAACAGAAACUGGGUCAACAGCAGCACCUGCUGCUUCCUCAGGGCCAACGUCAGGAGGGUGAAUCCAUGCGGCAGACAGCGGAGCGUGUGCUACGAGAGCAAUGUGGCAACGAUCUGCAGGUACUCUUCUAUGGCAAUGCACCCGUUGGCUUCCACAAGUAUAAGUAUCCGAGCAAUCAGCGUGCCGAGAGUGUCGGUGCCAAGGUGUUCUUCUUCCGUGCCUCGCUGCGGGCCGGCAACGUGCAAGGAGCUAAGGACACAGCCGCUGUCCAGUACGAAUGGCUGCCCAAGGAGGCGCUCAGCCAGAAGCUGAAGAAUGCCGCCUAUGCCGAUAGUAUCAAGAAGUUCUUGAUAUAAUUUAAAUGUAUUUCCGUCACGUCAUUUUACUAGUUAAAUAAAUACUUCAAUUGAUUUCAUGUUAAUCAAUAAUGAAAAA